AUGAAUAAUUUGCACGGAGAGAGGCUUGAAAGGUCUUCACGGGCACCCUAUUCGAGUAUAUCCAAGCCUACAACUCGGAAGAAAUCACUCGUAUCCCAGAUUAGAGCCUUUUUCAAUGGCGGGAAUUUGACGUCUGAAAAUUCAGUUAACCUUGUGCCCCCUCCCUCAUUUGCUCCCAAUCGCACCCCAGGCUCUUUCUUUAGUGAGAGCUCAAGUGACUUACUUGUCAAUAAGCGUAGGGCCCGUCAAAGUGAACAGGAAGCCAAAGAAAUAGAAGCUGAAAACCUUGAUGAAGCAAACUCUUCCAAUUCAGCAUUAGCGGCUUUUUUCCGUGAAAAGGGCGAUGCGCCAUUGAGUGAGGUUGAAUAUGAAGGGGUUUUGUCUUUGAUGAAGAAGAACAGGACUUGUUCUGACGACCUCACUGGAGAAAAGGAGGAUGCAUCGGGUGUAUUUUCUGCCAAAGAGAUGAAGCCUGCAUUGCUGAGACCAGCAGACGCAGUUCGUACAACCUCUUUUAAGGCACCAUCCUUUGUGCCACAAUAUGAUGACUAUUCUACGACUUUCAGCACUUCAAUGAGAAGUACAUCCUCCGCGUCCUCAAGAAAAUCUCGAGUUUUCGACUACUCUAAUCUUCCCUCUCCAUACAGAUCAUGCUCGUACAAGCACAGUGCAGCGGAAGUGGUUAGUAGUCCUAAGAGGUUGAAGUCGUCUUGCGAACAAGCUUCUGAAGCUCAAAGUUCUUCCAACCAGAAAUUGAGUAAUACAGCAUCUGCUUUGAUAUCUCUUCUGGAUGGUGACAAAACGAAACCACCGGCUUCAGGGCUCGCAAAUCCUUAUACUAAUAAGAUUUCGGAGUUCAAACAUGAAAAAAGGACAGCCGAUUCUCGUGCUUCUGAGCCGUAUACGCCUUCUAAGGGAGAUACUGAUAAGUUCGCUCAAUCAAUUGCACUAAGUGAGAUUGAAAAUAAUGAGGAGAAAGACAAAGAGCGUGGAGAAAAGCAUUCUACAGCUGAACAUUUUGCAAAAUAUAAGCCAGUUAAGGCAUCGUCAUUGCGUACCAUUGUGUCCGCACCAAAAUCUACUGAUAUAAGGUCAAGUGGGAAGGAAACUCUAAGGUCGGCCCCUACCAUCUCGGAGUCUGUGACUUUUGAGAUUCCAUCUACGAAUCAUAUGGUUGUCACCUCAGAAAACAAUACCGGGCAGCUGACUUCUAAACCUUUCGGCGGUAUGAAUUGUAAAAUCGAUAGUAAAGAAGAUCUAUCAAACGGGUCAGUUGUUCAAGAGGAUACACAGUUAGCUCUGGAAAGGCAGACCGGUCCAAAAACUGACCCCGCAUUGCUAAGCGAUUCUAAUACGUCCGUUGGUGCCACGAGCCAAAAGGUGAUAUUUGGUUCGAAUGGCAACCCAAGUGUGCAUGAUUUAAAGAAAAGCACAUUAAAUCAAGAAAUGUCGAAGGCCAAAAGGUCGACCGCGCCCACGUAUAAAUUUGACUUCGACGCUCCGCCGUAUUCUGGAGUAAAUCAGAGUUCAUUGAACACAAGGCUAGUGCACUCUUUGAUUAGCAGUUUUACAUUUGAUUCUGACGUAUAG